AAUAAAGUUCUCCUCCAUUGAAUUCCGUUCCGAAAACAAACUUCUCCAUUCUCAGAAACUGAUCACCACGACGACGACGACGACGGAGAAUCUCUCAGGGUUUCCAAAUGGCUUCGAAGCGGAUCUUGAAAGAACUCAAGGAUCUACAGAAAGAUCCUCCUACUUCUUGCAGCGCAGGCCCUGUUGCUGAAGACAUGUUUCAUUGGCAAGCAACAAUUAUGGGUCCUCCAGACAGUCCUUAUGCUGGUGGAGUAUUUCUAGUUACCAUUCAUUUUCCUCCAGAUUAUCCAUUUAAACCUCCCAAGGUUGCAUUCAGAACAAAGGUUUUUCAUCCUAAUAUCAACAGCAAUGGCAGUAUUUGUCUUGAUAUUUUGAAGGAACAGUGGAGUCCUGCUCUUACUAUCUCCAAGGUUUUGCUUUCAAUCUGUUCGCUGUUAACAGAUCCAAAUCCUGAUGAUCCAUUGGUGCCUGAAAUAGCUCACAUGUACAAGACAGACAGAAACAAGUAUGAGACAACUGCGAGGAGCUGGACUCAGAAGUAUGCAAUGGGUUAGCCCGCAAAUUAAUCAUGGUCAUCAUCAUCGGGCUGCAAAUUUGUUUUAGAUUUUUUUUUUUCAAGAGGAAGGCGGCUGCCCUUUUAUUAAAAAUGUUGUAAGUUGUUGUAACUAGCAAGUUUCUUAUAUUAUUAUGAUUAUUAUUAUUAUUAUUGUGGUGUAAUGCAAUGUGGGGAUGUAAAAUAAUUAGAUUUGGAUCUUUUCUUUAUUCAAUUUGCCUUCAACUCGGAUUUGUAUUAAAAAAAAAUGAAGAGGGUAAAAAUCAUUGUGUUUGAACU